AUGACUGUCGGCGUGCCGCCGGCGGCGUCGAAGCCGGCAGAGGAUUCGGUCGGCGGCGGUCAGCGCGCGCUGACCUACCUGCUGACGCUGCUGAGCGCCGUCAGCUACCUGCUGUUUGGCUACGACACGGGCGUGGUCUCGGGCGCGCUGCUACUGGUCCGCGAAGACUUCCAGCUGAGUGACCUGUGGCACAGCUCGAUCGUCUCGGUGGCGGUGGGGGCCGCCGGCCUGGCCGCGCUUGCCGCCGGACCGCUGGCCGACCGCGCCGGCCGUAAGCCGGUGAUUCUCGGCGCGGCGCUGCUCACCACGGUGCCCAUCUACAUCUCGGAGGCGGCUCCGGCGGCGGCGCGCGGCACCCUGGUCACCGCCAUGACCUGUGUGGGCACGCUGGGCACCGUGGUGGCCGGCGUGACGAGCGGCGCGCUGUCCGGCGUCCAUGAGGGCUGGCGCUGGAUGUUCGGCCUCAGCGCCGUGCCGGCCACCCUGCAGCUGAUCGGCUUCGGUCUGAUGCCGGAGUCGCCGCGCUCGCUGGUGGCUCGCGGGCACGACGAAGCCGCCAGAGAUGUGUUGCGGCGCAUCCGCGGCCCCGGCGCGCAUGUGGACACCGAGCUGGCCGCCAUUCAGAGCGACUUUGCGGCACAAGAGGCGCUGAGGCAGACCGCUGAGGCGGCCGGUGACGGCGGAGGCUGUGGCGGCACGGUGCUCUCCCGCGCUGUCCGCGACCCGAUCGUGCGGCGGGCGCUGGUCACCGGCUGCUGCCUGCAGCUGUUCCAGCAGCUCUCCGGGGUCAACACGGUCAUCUACUACAGCGCCAGCAUCAUCACGAUGGCGGGCGUGCGCGACCCGUCCACGGCCAUCUGGCUGUCCUCAGUGGUGAACGUGCUGAGCCUGCUCUCCAAGCUGGCCGGCCUGGCCGUGGUGGAGCGCGCCGGCCGCCGCCGCAUCCUGCUGAGCAGCACUGCCGGCUCGGCGGCCGCGCUGGUCCUGCUCGGCGUCGGCUUCCAGCUGAGUGCGGCCCGCUCGGCGCCCGACCUGCCGGGCGGGCCGGCCAACGGCUCCUGCGUGCCGCUCACCGCCGCCAACAGCUCGGCGGCGCUGGGCCGGUGCGCCGAGCCGGCCGCGCUGGGGCUGGACGGCCUCACCUGGGCGCCCGACUGGUGUCCCACCGACUACGCCUGGCUGCCCAUCACGGGUAUGUUCCUGUACAUCACCAUGUUCUCUCCGGGCCUGGGCGCCAUGCCGUGGACCAUCACGGCCGAGAUAUUCCCGCUGUGGGCGCGGAGCCGCUGUAACGCCGUCACCACGGCGGUCAACUGGUGCUCGAACCUGGUGGUGUCGCAGACGUUCCUGGUGCUGAUCGCGGCCGUCACGCGCCAGGGCGCCUUCUUUCUGUUCUCGGGUCUGACGGUGAUGGGCUGGGCCGUGUUCUACGUCACCGUGCCGGAGACGAAGGGCGUGCCGCUGGAGCGGAUCGGGACCCUGUUCACGGAGCCCGUGGGACUGCAUGCGCCGCGGCCCAGUAACAAGGUGGGCCCGGAGCCGGACCCGACGGGGCCGCGGCCGGCGGCCUGCCCUCAGCUGGAGCCGCCAGCAGGCACACCUGUGCUGCCCCGCGCCGAGUCAGUCGGCUGGCCGGCCGUGUACGCGUUCUGUGUGGACCGUCUGCGCGCGGUGCGCCAGGACCUGACGGUGCAGCAGGCGGCCGGACCGCAGGCGCUGGCCGUGCUCCGGCGCUGCGCCGUCUUCCACCUGUACGCCGACUACAGGUCCCGGGACUGUCCGUUGGCCGUGUUUGACCGGCACAUCAACACGCGCCAGCUGCAGGAGUGCCUGCUGGGGGUGCUGCGACUACAGCAGGCGCAGCCCGACGUCCCCACAGAGCUGUGUGAACGGUUCGAGGCCGUCCAUCUGCUGACCAGCCUGCCGCACGAGCGGCGGAUGCACGAGCGCUGGCUGCGGCCCACAAACAGGGAUCUGCGGCUGGCCCUGGAUUUCCGGAAUGCCUGGGAGCUGGGUAACUUCGUGCGAGCCUGUCGGCUGUCCGGCGAGAUGUCGCCACUGCUGCAGCUGGCCGUGUACCGCCACCUCGCCGCCCUCAGACAGUGAGUUGUAAAGGCCGAUCUCGCCCACAGAGGCCAGACGCCGUAUAAUGAUAAGACGGCUGGGUAGUGACGCCAGCUGAUGACGUCACGGCUGCCGAUGGCUUUAUUGGACCGCUGUCUUCAUGGCCCGACAAUAUGGGGCGAAUUUGACUGAUUGCUGCUCUAUGGUGUUUGACAAGAGGCUGGGGGUCUAUGGUUCCUGCUAUUCACUCAGUGUGGGGUUUCUGCUCACUCGCUAAAUGUGGUCUAAGAUCGUAAUGCUCGAAGGAUAGGAACUGAUAACUUUAAGCUGACAUAAUUGUCACCACUUGCAUAUGCUGUAAUAGUUAAUGCACUGGACUCUGCGUUAUGCUCAUGUUUAAGUGAACUCAGAUAUUUCUCCUUUCACAGUCUACGCUUUACCUCAUUAUUUGAGAACAUUUUUUCACGUUUACAGUGUCCCAGCGCCUCUCCUUUUCAGGCUGACAUCGUCAGACCUACUGAAGGGUCACGUCAUAUCCCAUGUAGGAGCUUCCGUCCCUUUGUCAUGUUCGUUUUGCUAAAACGUAUAACGAACGUGCU